AUGACCCGUGGUUGUGGGAAGUGGCAAGGGUCAGGAAUACCAUGCAGACAUGGUCUAAGGGUCAUAUACAGCCAAAGACAUCAAGCCAGAGAUUAUGUGUCACCAUACUUCAAGGGAGCUACUUACAAGCUGACUUAUGGAGACCACAUCAAUCCCAUGUCAGAUCCAAGUCACUGGCCAGCAUUUGAUGUGCCUGAAAUAGCACCACCAACUGUCAAAAGAGCUGCGGGCAGACCAGCUAAGCAGAGAAGGAGAGCACUUCAUGAAGCAAGAAAAGGAAAGAGGCACAAGAACAACAAGUGCAGUCUUUGCAAGGAGUUGGGACACAAUGCAAAAACCUGUAAGGCAAGAAAGGAAGCAGCAAAACAAGCAGAAAAUGCAGCAUCCAGUUCACAGCAAGGCAAAGGAAGAGGGAGGAAGAGAAAGGCUGACAGUUAG